AUGAGCAUUCCAGAGUGGGCGCAAAGCGAAGAAUCCAUUGAUGAGGCGAAGAGUUACUUGCGCCAGGGAAACUCAGUGGAUUUCUUUGAGCUGGUAUCCAGCUCGAUUCUCCGAGAGCACCCUAACGAUAUUGCUGCCUACUGUUUAGAGUUGGUGCGGGCGAUUGCCGACGGUAAAGAGGCCCCAACUGGUGGUGGUGCUCACACCAAGAAAGUAGAAGACAAUAGAUAUGUGCGAGAAAAUAACAUUUGCGAGUUCCUCAAUGACUGGAUUCUUGCAUUGUUGAAGGAGCGUCCCAACACCGAUAGUGACCGUGUCGAGUUCCACAAACGCUUCUUGGAAUCGGUGAUCGCUGGUGGGAGCGAUCAUAAUGGGGGCACCGCGAGUGAAGCGGAGGAAGAACCGCAAGGCAGGGAAGACAAAAACCACACUGCAGAUAAUUUGUGA